GAGAGAGAGAGAGAGAGAGAGAGAGAGAGAGAGAGAGAGAGAGAGAGAGAGUUAUGUGGAUAUCUCUUAUUGGUGCUGAGCAGCUUUGGCUGAAAGGGGAGUGAAAACUCUCUGACAAAUUUCUUUUUUCUUUUUUCUUUUAAUUUUUGAUGGUAUGUCUGUGUUUUUUUUCCACACCUCAGUUCCACCAUGACUCCGACACUGGGACUCCUCUUGUUCUUCCUCGGGCUGUUUGGAGGCUCGUCGGCAGUGCAGGAGAACUGUAAGGACUACAAGCUUCAGUUUGAGAGGGUUUUUUCCGUUCCUGGCGAGGCCGCCAUGCUAAACACCACCUUGGUGGCUAUGGAUGUUUUCAACUUCACCACCGAGCCCUACAACGUGACCUGGUACGACCCACGGACGGGCCAGGAGCUCAGCAACCAGACGGGACGGGUGGUGGUGCGGGGCGAGACGCUCUGGCUGCUCAGUGUGCAGCUGGAGGAUGCUGGGGAAUAUGAGAGCAUUGUGAGGACUCCCUCCCGGUGCUACAGACAGCAGACCAAGCUGGUGGUGGAGAAGCCGCCGGCGGGACAGUGCGGGCGGCCGAGACAAGCCGGACAGGUGGUGACCAUCUCAGUGAACGGCUUUCUGAGCUGUCCUCUGAAGGAUUACAUCAGCAAACUGAAAGACUAUAAUGCCAGUUAUUCCAUGAAGUGGUACAAGGGCUGUGAGCUCAUUGAGGACAGAAGAGGAAGGUUCACCUACCUGAGCAUGGCGCAGCUGAAGGUUGAGAAAGUGGAGCUUGAGGACAGCGGCAACUACACGUGCACGCUCACCUUCGACCUGGGCGGGGUCACGGCCUCUGUCUCAGAGACCAUCAAUACAACGAUCAAAGAGACGUACUACAUGCGUCCCAUAGUGCACAAGCCGGAAAAUAUAACCAUCAAGGUCGAGAAAGGCUCCAGAUUCAAUCAGUCGUGCCUGAUGUUUGUGCCAUGCGUGGGGGAGCCAUCGAUUUCUAUCUCUUGGGCGGACAAAAAUGAUUUCAUCGAAAGUGUACCUGAAAACCGAGUUUACACUGUGGACGGAAGAUCGUGGAGACAGGAGAGUCCCAGCAGAGGUUUGUGGAAAGAGGUUCUGCUGGUAUUUUCUGAGGUGCGGGAAGAGGAUUUCUACAAAAACUACACUUGUAUGGUGUUCUCGGCGCGAGGCACCCCCCAAUGCUUUUUCACUCUCCUGCCUCCAGAUCCACAAAUUGCACUUACCAUUGGCUUAGUGCUGGGCAGCGCGACUGUUCUGUUUAUCACCAGCGUUGUCCUCUUCUACCUGUUCAAGGUGGACAUUGUGCUGUGCUUCAGGAGAACGUUUCCUGUCUUCUACACAAACACAGAUUCAGAUGGGAAGCUGUACGAUGCCUAUGUGGCGUAUCCACGGCAGUUUGGGGUCGGAUCCGGUGUCGAGACAGAGACUUUUGUCUUCCACAUGCUGCCUCAAGUGCUGGAGAAGACGUGUGGCUACAAACUCUUCAUCACAGGCCGGGACUGCCUGCCUGGACAGGCCAUCGUCAACGCCGUGGAGGAAAACAUGCAGGCGAGCCGCCGUCUCCUCCUGAUCUACACUGCCUCUACCUUCACCUGCAGGCGGCAGAACAGCAGCUUCAGCAACAACAACAACAACAACAUCACCAAGAGCGAUGGUGACGGCGGCAACAGCGACGGCAGCGACAGUGUGGACGGCGGCGACGGAGGCUGUGUGAACGCCGGCCAGCAGUUUGAAUGUGAGAUGGCCAUGUACCGCAUGCUGCUGGAGGGCUCUCUGAAGGUGGUGCUGGUGGAGCUGGAGCCCAUCAGCCCGGCUCAGCUGGCGCUCUUCCCAGAGUCGGUGCGUCAUCUGAGGAAGAGGCAUGGCGCCGUGUGCUGGUGGAAGAGCCAGGACCGCAGGACACCGAGGAGGAAGAGCGAGGAUGAGGAGAAAAGAGGAACACGGGACGCCGAGUUGCCGCCGCCGCCAUCUCUCUCCCCCUCCUCCAGGUUUUGGAAGGAGAUGAGGUACCACAUGCCUGUGAGAGGCAAGAGGGCGAUGUACCCAGAGAAAACCGCCCUGCUCACCCUGUCACAUGGAAGUCGGAUUUCCUGAUAGGAAUGUGACGGACGGACAGACAGGCAGGCAGCUGCAGGAGGAGGACAUGAAGUGAGACAGGUGUCACAAACUGGGGCACUUUGUGUACCCAGAAGUACGCUUGGGAUAAAUUAAGCCUUAAAAAAGGUGUGUUAUCGCUGUAUAUGGCACAAAGGAGGUACACAAACAGCAAAAGGUCAUGGAUUCACACACUUUCUUUACUCCACUCUCCUGUGGCAAUGAAUUAAUUUUAUUGUCUCAAGAACUCUGUUAUCACAAGAUGGGUAGCCGAUGUUGUUUUCCAGAGGCGAUUGGAUAAUUUUCACCUGAUCUCAGGAUAAUAAAACAUUAUUUUCCCCCAAAAUUCCUGACAUUCCCUGGUGAAACGCACAUCCCUGCUCCUUCUAGAAGUUUCCACGUUGCAAAAAAAACUCCAUCUCAAGUCAUUCAGUCUCAUCUUCAGUGUUAAGAUCCUGUUUUUCUUCAAACAAGGUGAAAGAAACCUGCCAGUGGGACGAGAUAAUCCAACUUGUUUCCAGUGCUAAUCAAGUUCUUUCCAAAUUUUUUUAAUCAAGUGUCAUUUUCAAGGGCCCUACAUUCUGAGGGACCUAGGUUCUCCCGUUCUACGUUAUGUGCUCUCCCAGGGUCUUAUGUUCACAUGGUCCUACGUUCCAAGGGUCCUAAAAGAAAUCUGCCAUUGGGAUGAGAUAAUCCCAUUUGUUUCCAAAGCUAAUCCACUCAUACCCAGAAAUGUCUUCAAUCAAGUGUCAUUUUCUUGGUCCUAGUGGCCUUGUUUCUGCCUCAUUUCAACAAACCUACAGCAAAACAAGUUUGUAUAGGAAAGUCAUAAUUGUGUUUGAAUGAAUCAUUUGAAUUAUUUCAUGGUCUUGGGAAAAAAUAGUUUCAUGAAGUCAGGAACAUUAUCCCGUUACCAGAAAAAAAAACAACAUUUGUUAUCAAGAGAUAAUGACAUAAACAGCUCAAGAUUUUGAGAAAACUCAAAGCUCAAAAACUCAAAAAAGGUGAACUCAUUAUCACAGAAGGACAGUAAGUAAGGAGACAGUGUGGAUUUAUGGCCUUUUAGGGCUCCCGUACCAUUUCACCAGCGCUGUGAGUUAUAAUUCUCCCAUCACUGAGGGCAGAGGACUGAGCAAAGGAGGGAGACCUCAGCAGCUCACACCGCACCUGAACUGCCUGAUUUUGUUUGCUGUGGGAUUUGAACCAUCAACCUUCCCGGGUUUGUGGAGACUGAAGAAUACUGCCUGCACAACGGAAGAACU